AUGACAGAAGUUAAUACAUUCAUCGCAGACUCAAAUGCACCUAUAAUUGUGUUAUCUGCCAAAAAACACUUCGAACAAUUACCAACAAAUGACGCUAAAUUAUAUGCUCAUUACCUUUCAAGGGCCUCCCACCAUGGUACUCGAGCCAUUUUAAGAUCAGUCUCCCCCGAAAGUGAAGCCAUUUAUGAUUUAAUUUUAUCAAUUCAUAGACAUUUAGGCGAACCAGCUACUAACGAGGAGUAUGAAGCUCUUUUAAGCAAGGGCCUGACCAAGGAAUCACAAGCAGUGCCACACUACUUGGAAUAUGCUUCCCAAUUUUUGUCAAACUUAGGUAAUUACAAGUCAUUCGGGGACAAGAAAUUUAUUCCUAAAUUGUCGAUCGAGGAAUUUGAUAAAUUGGUUUCUGAGGGGAUCAAUAACGAUUCAAUUACCUGGACAUACAUGAAAAUUCGUGAUGCUAUAUAUGAUACGAGUACCAACUUAUUAGGAUGGCCAGAAAAGGGUCAAUUAUCGAACUACUAUCCUGAUUCACCCGAUAUUACCCAGGAUGAGGCGGAACUUGUUAAUGCUGCUCUUGCAAACAAAGGCAUUAUGCCAGAAAAUACAAGGGUUAAGAAAACUUCGGGCAAGGAGUUCGUUGUUUUUGUUGCCAGUUCUGAAACAGAGAAUAAAACAACAAACUAUCCAAAGGAGAAGAUUUCUUUAGAUAAUGGAGGUUCAUUGACCAUUGCUUUUGGUGAUCAUCAUGUUGAAUUUGAACAGAUUGUAGAGAACAUGAAAAAAGCUGCAAAAAAAGCUGCAAAUGACACCCAGCGUAAAAUGAUUAAUCAUUACGUUGAAUCAUUUCAAACUGGUAAUAUGAUCGCGCAUAAGUCGUCUCAGAUAGAAUGGGUUAAGGAUUUAAGGCCUCUGGUGGAAUCAAAUAUAGGGUUCAUUGAAACCUAUAGGGACCCAUCAGGUGUUAGAGGUGAAUGGGAAGGUUUAGUAGCCAUGGUUAAUCAGGAUCGUACUGCCAAAUUUUCCACCUUGGUAGAAAAUGCAACUAAAUUAAUUCCUUAUUUGCCUUGGGACAAAAUUUAUGAAAAAGAUACAUUUACCCCUCCAGAUUUUACAUCUUUAGAAGUUUUAACAUUUGCUGGAUCAGGUGUCCCAGCUGGUAUUAAUAUUCCAAACUACGAUGAUGUUAGAUUAAAUGUUGGUUUCAAGAAUGUUUCUUUAGGGAAUGUCUUAUCAGCAAAUCCUAAAAAGCCUAAGAAGGAAGAACUUAUUACUUUCCUCGAGCAUGAUAUGCAAGCUAAAUUCCGUAAAUGGAGAGAUGAUGCCUUCGAAAUACAAGUUGGUUUGCACGAGCUUUUAGGCCAUGGUACAGGUAAGUUGUUGCAAGAAGUAUCACCUGGUGAAUUCAACUUUGAUAAAUCAAAUCCUAAUAUCCAUUCGUAUUAUAAGCCAACUGAUACCUGGGGUUCACUAUUCAGCGCAGUUGCAGGGUCGUUUGAGGAAUGUAGAGCAGAGUUGGUUGCUUUAUACCUCAUUCUUAAAAAACCGUUAGAGGUAUUGCCGAUCUUCGGAGUUUCUGACGAAAAAGAUCAGAAAGAAAUUAUUUUGAUUGCUACCGUAUUAAUGUGCCGUGCCGGUUUAUUAGGAUUAGAAUUCUGGGAUCCAACAUCUCGUAAAUGGGGUCAACCCCACAUGCAAGCUCGCUUUGGUAUUUUCAAGUCUUUGCACAAGAGUGGUGUCUGUAAGCUUGAAUUCAGUGAGGAAAACAUGGAUGACUUAAAGAUCACCUUCGACGAAUCCAAGUUGAACAACACAGCAGUAGAUGUGUUAGGUGAUUUCUUACUAAAAUUACAUGUCUAUAAAUGUACAGGUGAUGUAACCAAAGGUGUUGCGUACUAUAAUGAUAUUACCGAUGUCACUGACGAAUACAGCAGAUUUAGACAGAUCAUUUUAAGUAAGAAAUUACCACGUAAACAAUUGAUUCAAGCCAACACAUUUGCAGAUGCUUCUGGCCAAGUUGAAGUUAGAGAAUAUGAAGAGUCUGAAGUAGGUAUGAUUCAAAGUUUUGCUGAUAGAAAUGUAUAG